AAAUGUUCGCAAAGGAUUCGCACGGAGCCAUUUUAUUGACGGACUAACACUCCGGAAGUCACGUGUUAUGUUUGCGGAGGUCAUUUGAAAAUUUAUCAUCGAUCACAAUCUUCAGGUCCUCCCACAAGGAGUCAUGGUGAAGAAAAAGCGUCUUCGUCUCAUAGCAGAGAUGGCUCGGAAGAUCCGCGCCUACCGGGAGCUGAAGAACCGACCGCGGGACUCGCAGAAGUACGCCCUCGAUUAUGACACCAUGAAGCGGCCUCUCACUGGGAAGAUGCUGCCCGUGCUGGCUUGGACGGAUGUCCGCCGCGAGAGUCGCCUGUUCUCUCUGAUGGCCGGCAUGCGGAUGUUCGGAGUGGGACGCGUGUUCACUCGCAAGUCGUGGCUGGAGGACCACACGGAGCCCAGUUACUGGCAGAUCACCAAAGUAAAGGUGGAUUACACAGCUGAGGACAUGGAUCAUGGAAAAGCCUGGGGCAUCCUCACCUUCAAAGGUAAAGCGGAGAAAGAGGUCAAAGAAGUGGACAAAGUGAUGUACCACGACUGGCGCCUUGUUCCCAAGCACAUCGAGCAACAAUUCAAAGACUUUGUGCCCCUUCCUGACCCGCCUGUGCGAUACGUCCCUUAUCCUCCGCUGCUACGCGCCAUGAAGCUGGCGCGACACAAGCAAACAGAAGGCACCGUCCUAACAGAGGAGCCUCUUCUGCCUUUAGAAAGGGAAGUUGUGCUCACCAAAGACUAUUUCCGGAGUCAAGACCAAGGGAAGAUGGUGAGACAGGAGACGGCUGUGUGAUGUCCAGAAUUGUGACGCUCGAGCACAAGAACCAUAUGGCGCUUCUAUCAUUUGGAAGGGACCGGUUUCAUGUGUUGAAAUUACUUGUGAUAUAUAUAUAAUUAAAAUUUCAAUUGAAUGUA